AUGCAAAUCCAUGUAGCAGCAACUCCAAACUGUGCACCGCGUUGUAACAGCUCCAAACUGCGCAGCUCAACAUCGCUGCAACUCCAGGUGGUGCAAAUCCAUGUAGCAGCAACUCCAAACUGUGCACCGCGUUGUAACAGCUCCAAAUCGCGUGGCUCAACGUCGCUGCAACUCCAGGUGGUGCAAAUCCAUGUAGCAGCAACUCCAAACUGUGCACCGCGUUGUAACAGCUCCAAAUCGCGUGGCUCAACGUCGCUGCAACUCCAGGUGAUGCAAAUCCAUGUAGCAGCAACUCCAAACUGUGCACCGCGUUGUAACAGCUCCAAACUGCGCAGCUCAACAUCGCUGCAACUCCAAUUGGUACAAAUUCAUGUUGCAGCAACUCCAAACUGUGCACAUCCGCGUUGUAGCAACUCCAAAUCGCGUGGCUCAACGUUGCUGCAACUCCAGCUCCAAACUGCGUGGCUCAACGUCGCUGCAACUCCAAACUGCGCAGCUCAACAUGGCUGCAACUCCAAACUGCGCAGCUCAACGUCGCUGCAACUCCAGGUGGUGCAAAUCCAUGUAGCAGCAACUCCAAACUGUGCACCGCGUUGUAACAGCUCCAAAUCGCGUGGCUCAACGUCGCUGCAACUCCAAUUGGUACAAAUUCAUGUUGCAGCAACUCCAAACUGUGCACAUCCGCGUUGUAGCAACUCCAAAUCGCGUGGCUCAACGUCGCUGCAACUCCAGGUGAUGCAAAUCCAUGUAGCAGCAACUCCAAACUGUGCACCGCGUUGUAACAGCUCCAAACUGCGCAGCUCAACAUCGCUGCAACUCCAAUUGGUACAAAUUCAUGUUGCAGCAACUCCAAACUGUGCACAUCCGCGUUGUAGCAACUCCAAAUCGCGUGGCUCAACGUCGCUGCAACUCCAGGUGGUGCAAAUCCAUGUAGCAGCAACUCCAAACUGCUGA